CCUACCCGAAGCAGCUAUUGGAUGGUGUUAUUGGAUAAACUUCCGCAAUGGGUUUCUUCCAAAUCAGACAUCGUUGAUUAUUAUGUCGAGAUUCUUGCGAAAGUACUGGGCAACGAAAAAGAUGCGCAGAUGAGUAUAUAUGAUGCUUCCUUUGAUACCCAUUUCGGAUUUUGUUGUCAUAUCGACGAAGAUGCUUCACACAAGCUCGCUAGUUUACCUGGAGUAGUGUCUGUUAGACCUGAAGCGGGUUACAGUUCAGAGAAGAAGAUUUAUGGCAUUGGGAGCCAGAAAAUUGUUUCCUUGUUUGAUGAUGGGACAGUGAAACAUUGGAUGGUUCGAGUAGAUAAGCCAGGAGUUGGGAUUGUUACUAAAGCACAGAUGCUUGAUCAUUGUGUUCAAUUGCUGUCCAAGGUUUUGUGCAAUGAAAAGGAUGCACAGAUGUGUCUUUAUCAUGUUUCCUGGCAGUCCGAUUUCGGGUUUUGUUGUGAUCUCGAUGAGAACAGUGCCGUGGAGUUAGCUGGUGUACCUGGUGUUCUUGCGGUUGUUCCUGAUAACAGUUUCGAGUCACUCAACAAAGACUAUGAAGGCGAUAGUACGCAAGAUUCAAGAGAUCAAGAUGAUUCAGUGUCUCCUCCUGUAAAGACGAAGAAGCUGUUUAUAACUGGACUGUCUUUCUACACAUCUGAGAAGACAUUACGCGCAGCAUUUGAAGGGUUUGGUGAACUAGUGGAAGUCAAAAUAAUUAUGGACAAGAUAUCAAAGAGAUCAAAAGGCUAUGCCUUUCUAGAGUACACGACAGAGGAAGCUGCAGGCAUUGCACUAAAAGAGAUGAAUGGAAAGAUUAUUAAUGGGUGGAUGAUAGUAGUAGAUGUAGCCAAGACCAAACCGUUCAGGCAUAACAGAAGUGUACCUGGUGUUCUUGCUGUUGUUCCUGAUAACAGUUCCGAGUCACUAAACAAAGACUAUGAAGUAACUUUGGCACUCAUUUCUUUUCCAAAAGGCGUACACAAGAUUCUAGAGAUCAAGAUGAUUCAGAGUCUCCUCCCGUAAAGACGAAGAAGCUGUUUAGAACUGGUAUGCAUCUUUUGCUUUUGGUUACAUUGUAGAAUAUGUUAUAGUGACAAAAUCUCCAUAGAUGUUGCCUGCAUCUUAGGUUACAUU